AUGUCCAAUUCUUCUCCUCCUGCUGCUGUUGCCGCGCCCAAUGCCGCUGCCAAAGAUGAAACGGCGUCAACCAUUACGGUAAAUACCACGAAGGCGCCGCCAACAUUCCCGCCGCCCAAGACUGACAAGCCUCGGCCUCAUGUUUGCGCGACUUGUCAGCGCUCGUUUGCCCGAUUGGAACAUCUGAAACGGCACGAGAGAUCGCACACCAAAGAGAAGCCAUUCGAGUGUCCGGAAUGCUCGAGAUGCUUCGCCAGACGAGAUUUGCUCCUGCGACACCAGCAGAAGUUGCACCAGACCACGACCCCAUCGUCUCGACCGAGAAACCGUCGUGAAAGCACAAGCAGUACUGCUCCAGCCAAAAGCCGGGCUCGGCAGAACAGUGUCGCGAAUGCUAAUGCCUCCGCUGCUGCCGCCGCCAGUGCCGCCGCCUCCAUGAGGCCGAGGGCCAACACAAUCAGUCAUGUCGAUAAUACUGCCAUGCAGAUGAUUGCAGCUGCAAACGCUCAGGUUGCGAGAGGCCAUGGUCAGCCCUCGCACAACCGCCAUGCCAGCCUUAUCGGCUUACCAAUCCACAAUCUGGACCACACCUUUGGCGGUAUGUCUUCUGUUAUGGGCCAGCGCGGCAUAAACCACGGACUUCCCAAACUGGACACUCACGGUAUUAACAAUCUGGACUUUGGCGCAGGCCUGCGCACUGCUCCGCCCAUGGGCUUCGGCCAGCCCGAUUUUGACUUUGAGAAUCUUCUCUUUGGACAACCCGGCGGCACUACUAUCAACCCGAAUGCGCUUCACUACAGCGAGUCGCCUCAUUCCAUGGCCCUUGAUCCAAUGUCCCCCUUUGGUACCAGCAUGAAUGACGUGGCUGGUAGCCAGCACUUGGACGACAAUUUUGACUGGUUGACAGGUUUCGAGCAGAACAUGUCCUUUAACAACCCAAACGAGAAUGCUGUAGAGAGCAACUCACCUUCAGCCAUGAGCACAACAAGCCAGAGUGGCAUCAGUGAUGUCAUGGUCGACGGGUCCAACCACCCAGGAGCAACCGCUGUGACCAGUUCAAUGUGGCAACCUGCCAUCAUGGGACCGCCCACGACCAUGAGCAAUCCAUUCCUGGACCUUAGCCCCUCGGUCUUUCCCGAUCUCCUGACAGGUGCUCCAGUGUCUCCCCAACCGGCGGCCGCCCAGAAGGCCAUGGACAAUGUGUACUUUUCGACGCCACCGCCAUCCAUGAGCUCCCUGAGCCCAUCCGGCAUGCCUGGGCUGAACACGCAGAAUUUGAACCAAGCUCUGAACAGCUUUGGAACUGGCCCCGAGACUCCUACGUCGCUUGGUGGCCAUCAUGGACAUUCCCCUGUUUCUACCGUUACAGAUACAACCAGGGCCGCAAUCGUGAGUGCCCUCUCGCAAUGCGCUCCACUGUUUGGUGGGCGCAAAUAUUCCUUCCCUACGCCAAAUUCUCCGAUGUCCCCCCAGAAUCAGCCAAAUGGAGAGAAUAUCCCGGAGCAUGCUAAGAAUUUGCCCAGCACUCAUGAUUUGCAACGAUACGUUGCCUCUUAUCUUCGUUUUUUCCACCCUCAUUUACCGUUUCUGCAUGUUCCGACCCUCUCAUUCGACACGCCAACCAAAUCAUCAAAUUCCAAGGUCAGCCCUGUGGGUGGUAGUGGGUGCCUAAUGCUGUCCAUGGCAGCUAUUGGCGCGCUCUAUGAACACGACCUGUCUCAAUCCAAGGAACUAUUCGAAAUGGCCAAGAAGAUGAUACAGCUUUAUCUAGAGGAACGUCGCAAAGCAGAUGUACGAAAGGCCGAUUUUCGCCGAACGCCCAUGUCAGAUCACGGCUCUUCGGAAUCCUCGUUGCACACUCCGCUCUGGCUCGUGCAGGCCAUGCUCCUGAACGUGAUCUAUGGGCACAAUUGUGGUGACAAGACGGCUAGUGAUAUUGCUUCAACGCACUGUGCUGCCCUUGUUAGCCUAGCUGAUGCGGCUUGUCUGAAGUUGGACACCCCGGACAACCAUGAUCCCCAGAUCAACGAUGCCGAAGGAAACUGGAGUGGGAUCAGAAUUGAGUCCGAGGAUCACGCCGAAUGGCUCAAGUGGAAGACGAAGGAGGAGAGAAAGCGCACCCUUUAUACCAUCUUUAUCCUCUCUAGCUUGCUGGUUUCUGCUUACAACCACCAACCAGCCCUGACGAAUUCCGAAAUUCUACUGGACUUGCCCUGUGACGAAGAGUUCUUUGCAGCGGAAAGUACAGCUGCCUUCCAGCUCAAAGGCGGCGUUCGUGCGGCCGGUCACAACCGCAUGUCUUUUCACGAUGCUCUCGGUGAGCUCCUGCGCGCCAAUGAUAAGCAACAGAAGAUAGCCAUGACCAAUGUUCAUCAACCUUUCGGAUCAUCUGUCAGUCUCAGCGAUCUGCCCAAAAGUGAGCUGCGACCUUCCACCUUUGGCUGUCUGGUCUUGAUCAAUGCCUUGCACAAUUAUAUAUGGGAAACUCGACAGCGCCACCAUAACAAAGUCUGGACCAAUGAGGAAACGGAGAAGAUGCAUCGCCACAUUGAGCCCGCACUCAAAGCGUGGCAAGCCGCAUGGGCAAGCAAUCCUCAUCAUAGUCUAGAACGACCAAAUCCCUUUGGCAUGGGACCUCUGUCCGCUGAUUCUAUACCCCUCCUGGAUCUCGCAUAUGUUAGACUAUUUGUAAAUUUGUCGCGCUCGAAGGAAAAGUUUUGGCAACGUGACUGGGACGGCCUAGCUGAUGAGCUGUCCCGGGGGUCGGAGAUAAUACAACAUGCGGAGCAUUCACCAGCUUCGAAUGCGGAAUCAUCAACGGACCCUUCUGACGCUUCGGCAGCCAGCUCAGUCUUUGUGGAGUCCCCGCCAACACAAUCAUCGUCUCCAGAGUUCGCCUCGUCCAAAUUCGUGUCAGCAGCCAUAGUGCAGCCAGGAUCUAGCCGGGUAACGUCUAGACGGGAGAAGCACCUACGUAAGGCAGCAUUCUACGCAGCCGAUUCGCUUUCCAUGGCCGACAAACUCGGUGUGACUUUUGCCGAUUUUACCAGUAGAGAAUUGCCCAUGCAAUCGGCUUUGUGCGCAUUUGAUUGCGCCCAAGUUCUGGCUGAGUGGGUGGCAACGCUGCAAGAUCGCGUGGGUCGAUAUCUUGGAGUCCUCGGCCAAGACGAAGUCGACCUUACCCAGGUCCCAGCAAUUAUGCUCCUCGAGGAAGAGGAUGUCAAGCUUCUCGGCAAAAUCCAGGAAGUCAUCAGUAGCGCUGAGAUGAAAAUGAGCUUGGAGCUAGUGAGCGCCAGCGGGACUAUGGCCACGGGAAUCGACGCCCGGCUCCAGAUGGAUGACCACAGUGGGCUUGCUGCCAAGAUUCUGCGCUUGACGGCAUAUAUGAUGGAUAAAUCUGCUGUCUGGCCAGUCACCCACCUGAUGGCACGCUGCCUCGAAACCCAUGCCAAUCACAUGCGAGCUCGUGCCGAAAAAUCAGUAGUCUCUUCUGAUUAA